AUGUUCAUCCGCUGGGUGCAUGGCGUCCGACGCCUCAGUAGCAUGCACGCGCUACGCGAAAGUGCCAGUAUGGAAGACAUUCUUUUGGAGCAAAAGACUCGCUAUGACUUCGCGAAGUUAAAGGCCAGAGGCCGUCUGCGGGGAGUAUCACGCUCCCGCUAUGCUUCGGCUGUCUCUGCAGCCGCGAGUUCACGUCAAUCUUUUGACACGAACUCGUCCGCUCUCGCUGAGACGAGUGAGAAGCGUGAAGUUCGCCAAGACGAGCUCGGCCGUGGCGCUCAAAAACGUCAACGGCGUAUGGUCAGUGUUGCCGAAGAGAACCUCAUACUCCCAUGA